UAGGAUAACAGGGCGCGUCGAAAAGUUUCCGUCUUCCAGUUUGACCACUGAAAUGAAUGUACAGUGAUUACUUCUCCAUAAAAGCAUGGAACCUCUUAAAACUUCAUUGGUAUCUGAAGAACAAACUUCUACAGAGAUUGAUGAUCGACAUUAUUCAUUGCAAGCUAAGCAAGAAGACAUUCAAAAAAGAACUUUCACAAGCUGGGUGAACUCACAACUAGAAAAGCAUCCAUCACCUUCUCUUAUCUUGGACUUGUAUUCAGACAUUGGGGAGGGACAUGUGCUUUUGGAUCUACUGGAGGUCCUUUCCGGACAACAAUUGUCACGUGAAAAGGGAUCGAACACUUUCCAACGCAGAAGCAACAUUGAAAAUGCCUUAACCUUCCUGAAGAAUAGAUCACUGAAACUUAUAAACAUCCAUGUUGCUGAUAUCAUAGAAGGAAAACCAUCCAUCGUGCUUGGUCUCAUAUGGAUCAUUAUAUUGCAUUUUCAUAUUGAAGAAUUAGCCAAGGCUCUUUCUUGUGGAUACAGCCAUUCAUCUUUGGACAGUCCAAGCACUGUGGAUUUAUCACCAGCAAUGAGCCCAACAGCUAGAACUAAUGUCAAAGCAAAGGAACGAUGGAAGAUAUCAGCGAAGAAGGCUGUCCUGCUAUGGGCUAAGGAACAGUGUGACAAGCAUGGGUCUAUCAACGUUGCAGAUUUCAAAUCCAGUUGGAGGAAUGGAUUGGCUUUCUUAGCCAUCAUUCAUGCAUUAAGGCCAGGCUUGGUUGAUGUGGAGAAAGCAAAAGAGAGAUCAAACAAGGAGAAUCUGAGAGAGGCGUUCCAAGUAGCAGAGAAGGAACUCAGUAUACCUCGGCUGCUUGAACCUGAAGAUGUUGAUGUCAUCAGUCCAGAUGAAAAAUCCAUCAUGACUUAUGUGGCUCAGUUUCUCCAGUAUUUUAAAAGUUUACCUGUGGCUGAAGAUAGAAUGCAGGAAAAAAUCAAAGAGACUUUGAGCUGGCUCAAUGCACAGGAAUGCAAGUUAACAAAGUUGCUGACUGAGCUAGAGAAUGCAUCCUUCUACAGGAAGUUUGAAGCAAUGCUAUCAUUUACAGAAGCAUUUAAUGAAGAAAAAAAACCCUUCCUUCCCAUCCUGGAAUCUAAAAGAAAAGGGUCAGAGCUGAAUGAAGAUUACUCAGAGAUGAAGGAGGCAUGGGAUAACCUAUCACAUCAGAUGAAUGAAUGGAAAGCAAAGCUGGACAAUAUGUUACCUCCACCUCUGGAUGCCAUUGAGGCUUGGCUGAAAGAAACAGAGCAGCAUCUGGUACACAACAUACCCAUUUCUCAAGAUCAUUUGAAAGCAACAGCUGCCCUUGAAGAAAAAUUAAGAGCUGUACAGAAUUUGAUGGAAAGUUUUCAACAACAUUUGGAAACCCUCCAGUCCUUUGACAAUAGAGAUAAUGCUGGAAUGCUGGUAGUUCCACCUCAGAAGCUGGAAGAAAUGAGAAAAAGGUUCAGCAAAGUUCAGCUUGAAAAUUUCAGCAUUAUUGUGGAAUACUACUGCUCAUCCAGCUCAGCUGUCUUCAGCGAACUGACAUCUAAACUGAACAUCUGGCACAUCAAGUUUGGAACCAAGGAGACUGUGGAGUUAUUGCAAUUAGAUUGGCAUAAUUUUAUUGAAGAAAAAGGUUUUCCUGGUCAACUAGACACUGCAUUACAAGUAUGCGAAGCACAGAAAAAUAAAAUGAUAAAGGCUCCUAAUUUGGAAAUUGAUCCUGAAGAAAUAGCCAAAUUGUUUAAGAUGACAGAAGUUCAGAUUGCCAAGUGCAGAGAGUACAUUAACAAUGUGAAUGAUACCUUGAAAAAAGUUUUAUCGUCUUGGGCCAUCUAUAUGGAGAACAUCCAGUUGCUAAAACCUUGGCUGGAAGAGACUCGAAAAGACCAUCUUAAGAAGAUCUCCCCAGAAACGUUGGCAGCCUGGAAUUCACGGCAUGGUUCUUUGAACGAAGCUGGAAACUUUUUGAUUGAAUCCAGCAAUGCAGAAGUGGGAUCAUCUGUUUCUGGAGAAUUGAAAAAAUUGAACAGAAAAUGGGCUAAGCUUAUAAAGAAGACAAAGUUUGAAAUGAAAUUGUUGAGGAUGCAAGAGGAAGAAACAAUGUUAAUAACAGAUAAUAAUGGAAAUGUUGAGACUUCUAGGAAAUCCAAUCCAGACAUGUUUAGUAAUCCAGUGGAACCCUCAAAGGAGCUUCCUAAAAUGUGCUUUGAAAAGGCAGAGAUUGUUCCUAUUAGCCUUCAGACAGAUCCAUGUACACCAGAUGAGUUUUCCUCAGAAGAUGAGGACAAGCUAAACUUUGAGAAAGCUCACAAGGAACUUGAAACAAUUGUUCUAAAAGCCAUGCAUCUUGUAGGCCAAAAAACAAUUUCUGAAGAACCACAUUCAAAAUAUGAAGAGGCUUUUAGCAUCUUGGAUACUAACAUUCUUAGCAAGUUUUUGAAAGCAGCAGAACAGCUGAAAAGCAUUUUAUCAGCUCAUGAAAAGGCACUUGUGGAGGAAAGGAGCAAAGAUGUUUGUGAGAGAUGGGAGGCUGCUCGCUGUGAAAUCAUGUCUUAUAUUCACCUGAAAUUGAAAAUUGAAAGAGAGAAGUUCAAUAAGACUUUUUCAAAUCUCAAUAAGCAGAUAAAGAAAGAGAAGAAACUUCUCAAUUCUGGGAAAACCAAAGGACUUAUUGAGGAGCAUGAGGCCUUCUUUUCUCAGCAAGGUAGCCUGGGUGAGCUUAACACUUGCUUGCAAGCUUUGAAAACAAUGAGUGAUAAAAUAACCAAAGUGGAAAAGGAGUCCAAAAUAAAGCUGCCAAUUGCAGAAUAUGAGCAAAAGGAAAAAGAACUUCAAAAAUGCGCAGCAACUAUUUACAAUCAGUUGGUAUCUAGGACUGGCGAUGACCAUUCACCUGAGAAAGGAGAGUUUACAUCUGCUUCAGUCAAUGAAGAGAAGGUAUCAUCUCAGAAUCCUGAAGCUGAAAAGGAUUCAGAAGAUGUUUCUUGUAUAAAAUUGGAAUCAGAAAAGGAAUUGCAAAAUGGCAGACACCACACAGAAAAGUUGGAAAGUGAUGGAGACUUGGCCUUAAAAAAAUUAAAAGAAAGCUAUGACACAGCAAGACAUAAUCUGAAGCUUCACCUAAAGAGCAUCAGGGAGACUAUAACUCCGUCUUUAACUGAUGAUGUGAGAAACAUUUCUUCCCUUAAGAACAAAUUGCAAACACUGGAAGCUUUAGAAAGCAAAGGUAAUUCUUCCUGGAAACUCUUUGAUUCUGUGGCUUCACAGUUAGUAAAGUUCUCAAGUGAGAUGGACUUGGAAGAUUUGCACAAAGAAUGGGAUGAGCUCCAGUUUGCUUUAGAUAAAAGGAUGGAAUCUUUAAAGGCUGCUUUGGCCCUUGUUAUGCCAAUAGAAAAUGAGUGGGUCUUACUCUGCAGAUCAGAAGAACAGCUUUGCAAAAGAGACAUCCCACGUUUUGUGAUGAGUAAAACUGAUCUUCUGUACAAGAAAGCGAAGAAAAUUCAGGCAUCUAUAUCAAAUUGUAUUGAACAAUGCAACAGCCAAGAACUAAAGAGCCCUGCAGGAUGGACAAUUGACCAAAGAGAUAGGCAGGCCAUUGGUUUAAUGAUCAGCGAGUAUAAAAUACAGUUAGAAGAACUGAAUCAAAAGAUACAAGCCAUUGAAACAGUUUUGCAAGAUUUUGAAAGUUUUCUGGCUUCCCUGAGACGUAUUCAAUGUUCUAUGGAUGCCUCUACAUCGCUGAGCUGGUCUCCACAGUCAAUGGAGGAGGUUUCUCACCUGGAGAAAGAGGCCAAGUCUCUAGAUGAGAAAUUGAAGCAACUUCAUAUCUAUUUGGUAGAGGCUGAAAGUGAUAAAAAGAUGGGCUGUGAAGAGUUCGUAGCAGCUUUACUUGUAAAAGAAUUCCCCUCUAUUAGUUCUGAAGCAACUCAGAAUCAAAAGACUGAAGAAUUUUCCUUAAGGAAUAAUGAGCUAUUUAAAAAUCUUCAAGAUAUAUAUGAUUCAAUCAGUGUGAUAGGCUUGAAGGACCCAACAAUUCCUGCUAUUUCACAAAGGUUGAAGUUGCUUGAUGAACUGUGGAAAAAGCUGGAUCGCUGUGCUCCAGAAAUGAAAGCCUUGAAUGAGAUUAGUCAAUUUUCCCAGUUGCCAAAAGCCCAGGAGAAUGAAGUCAGUCAGCAGUGGAAACGUACGCAGGACCUAUGGAAGAAGACUAAAGUUGCCAUUACGGAAAAGCGUGAGUACUGUAAAAGCACAAUGGAACUCUUGAAGCAAUAUCAAAGCUGCAAAACCUGUUUGACUAGCAUUAUUCUGAAGCAAGAAAAUGCCCUAUCACAGCAAGUUUCUUACAUGGGAAAAGAAAACCUGCAGAAGAUAAUUGCUAAGGUUAACAUGGCAAAGGAGGAAUUUAACAGUUACUCUGAAGAUGUUGAUAGAUUAAACCAAAUGUGCAAAAAUCUUCAGUCUCAAGUGAACAAAAUGAAGAGUUUUGAGGAGCCCCCAUUUGAGAAUGAGGCUAAUGCUAUUGUGGACCGAUGGCUGGAUAUCAAUGAGCGGACUGAAAGCUAUUGUGAAAACCUAGAAAGAGCUCUGGCUUUAUGGGACAAGCUUCUUGACUUAUCCAGUUUGAUUGACGAAUGGUCAGAUGAAGUGCAGAAGAACUUAGAAGAUGGGAAUGUGACUGAAAAGAAAUUGGAAGAAUUGGAGGCCGAUGUCCUGUUCCAAGAAAAAGAGUUAGAGAAAUUUGAUACACAGGUGGAUGAAAUUCAGGAUCUUCUUAACAGCAGUGAACCCCCACUUGAACUACAGGUUAUUAAAUCUUCUCUUUUGAACAAAAUGGAGCUAAUAAGAAAGCGUUUACCAAAUAAGUCAGAACCUAUAGAACUCAAGGGCAGUACAACAGAGCUGAAAGGAGACCUUGAUCUUGCCAAGACUCAAAUCGGAAUGACAGAAUCGCUUCUGGAAGCUUUAUCUCCCUCUGAUACCUUGGAGAUUUUUACAAAAUUGGAGGAAAUACAUCAGAAGAUUCUUCAUCAAAAACAACAUGUGAAAUUGCUUCAGAAAGAGACAGGCUAUCUGAACCCUGAUGUUAUUGAGUUAAAGAAGCUGCUGACAAGUAUCACUGACUUAUUUAAUUCAAAAAAACAAAUAUUUCAGGAUCACUUUACAACUCUCUUAAAUUACCAGUGUAAGCGUUUUGAUGAUUGGUUCAGCAAUGUACAGAUCUCUCUGGAAGAGUGUUUUGACUCCUCUGAAACAAAAGAGAUGGCAGAAAAGAAAAUUCAUCAACUAAUAAGUUUCCUAAAUUUUGAAGACAAAGGCAGUGAUAUUGAUGAGGUGAAGACUAUUGUGAACCAGGUAAAAAACUAUUUGCCCAAACCAAAUGUCCAUCAGUUGAAUAACUGGGUGAGGGACCAAGAAGUGGAAUUGCAAAGAAUAAUUUCCAAAUGUCAGGCACGAAAAAUGGAGCUUCACUACUUUCUUCAACAGUUUGCUAGGCUUGAAAAGGACUUUAAGAGUCUGCAGAAGUGGCUAAGGACUCAGGAAGAAAAAUGGAAACAAGUUCAAAAAGAGAAGACAGGACUUGAACAUUUUUAUCAAAUUCUACUCAAACAAAGGGAGUGGUUUGAUUCUUUUGAUUGCCGGGCAAAUUAUUUGAAAAACUCAGGAUUUUUCAAUGAUGAAGCAGUUCUAGAAUCUGCCCAGUUUGUCAGUAAAUACAAGAGGUUGGUUAAUCAUGUACAGAAAACCCUUGGAGUUUCUGAGAUGUAUUGUGUAGAAAGAAAGCAUUUUGAAGAACUUGUCAGGAACAUUUUUUGCUGGGUGGAAAUUCUAAAAAAACCUGUCUUGGAGAUGAGUGCUGAAGAAUCUGAGAUGUCACUGGAAGAAAGGUUGUUCAAAAUCCAGGAGAUUGCUUUGUUGAAAGUGGAGGGCAAUGCUAAAUUGCAAACUAUCAUAGCUGUUGGAGAACAUUUGAAGUGUGACGAUAAGAGCAAGAACCUAGCUAUUGAGCAGAUAGUUUCUGAUGUCCAAAAGAAGUGGGACUCCACUAUUCAUUUGGUUAUUGGCUGUCUGAGGGACCAGGAACAACUCCAGCAUCAAAUGGAACACGUCAAGCAGACAGAAGAUGCCAUCAAUGCAUUGUUUUAUGAAGUAGAGAAGCAGAAGCAAGGAUUAAAUGUUGAUAUUCUUCCCAAUUCACAGCAAGUGCAAAAUCAGCUAAAUAAUUAUUCUGCACUUCUAAAAGAAAUUGAAGGCCUAACACUUCUCUUAAAUGAACUAACGAAGCAGCGCAAUUCUUUGGAGACAUGCACUAAUAGCUUCAGUGCCGAAUCCUUGAUGGCUUUACAGCAUCUCUACAAAUGUCUUCUUUGCCGAUUACAGAAUACAACUAAGCUCUUGGGAGGCUCUGUUGAGGGACACCAGCAAUGUGAAGAGUUGACAACACUUUUGAUAACUUCCCUAGAGGACUUGUGGGAGCCUAUGGGUGCAGAGCAAAACCAGGUACAGUAUGAUAUUCUUUGUCAAGCUGAAGACAGACUACAGGAGGUUGUUGCUCUAAUGGACUCCAUCAGUUUGGAACAGACACGUGUGAAAGAUGAGAUAGAUGCACCCCAAAUUAAGCCGAAGCAUCUUAAAACUAAAUAUGGACUUGAGCAUGAGACUGAGGAUAUCCACCGUGAUAUACUCAAAGAUAAAAAGGAGAUGGAUAAUGAAACAACAAACAGAGAGAAACUGGUAAUUUCUAGCAUCCCCUUUGCUCCCCAAGAGGAAAAUUCCUUCAGAGUGAAAAAUCAACUGGAUAGAGAAGCUCCAGAAUUAUUUCCAGAAUGGUUUACAAAUAAAGUACAGUUACCAAGCUCCUUAGCACUUGGAUAUGAGGAGAGAGCAGCUGCCGUUACUGGGGAAUUGAAAGGCAAUUUAAUGGAAGCCCACAAUUUCCAAAGUUCAGCAAGCCAGUGUGCAAAGCAGCGGCGGAAAUCAGAGCAAAUACUGGCGGAUGAUUAUCCCAAUGAAUCUCCGCAACAGCAGCAAGGCUAUCAAAAGAAAUUGCAAGCAACAUGUGCCUGGUCAGAAAUGCCUCAAACCAUUUUGCCGUUAAUGAACGGAAAGCAGGGUUAUCUCGAAGACGAAGCAAUUGCUGAGUAUGCUAAUCUGGAACAAAAGAUCAACAAAGUGAAGAUUUGGACUGCAGAGUUAGAUAUUGCGUUAAUGAAAGAUCAACUGAGAGAAAUGGAGGAUUUGUGUCUGCAGCUAGAAAAGAAGAAAGCCCAAGCUUUGUCAGUGUGGCCAGAACACUCAACGGUGACAGAAGAAAGUCAGCCAAACCACCAUGUUACUUCUUCCAGUUGGGACGGACUCCUGCAAGAAUUAAUGGCUGCUAAAGAAGCCAAGCAGAAUCAGUUUAAUUUAGUCAAUCGCUACCAUGAAUGUCUUGCUACUGUUCAGUCUUCAAUGAAACAUUUAUUAGCAGAAAAAGAAAAGAUAUAUACAAGGGGGCCUGUGGAAGACACAGUUCUUCUAGACAAUUUGAACAAAUUGUUGGCUUCUCUACAAAAAGAAAAUAGUCUUUUAGACAAGCUGAAAACUGAACAAGAAAAUCUUUCUAGACAUCUGUCCACUCUGGACAGAGAAUUAGUGCAAAGCCAAGUGGAUCAAGCAGAGCAGUGGUGGAAACAAAUGGGGGACUGUCUUCAAAAGAAGCAGUUCUGUGUUGCAGCAGAAAUGGAUGAGUUUAAGCUUUUCAUGGACAAAGCAGAGGAGCUCCAAAGAUGUUUGCAACAGCAACAUGAUUUGCAAACAGGCCUGAGUGCUCCUGGUACAGAAGAGCAUCCAUGCCCUAUCUCGAUUCCUUUAGAAUUGCACAUCCUUAAGCGAAACAUUUCUUUAUUAAAAAGAAAUGCAGAAGUACAGAUGAAAAGAAUGUGGAGCAAUCCAGGAAAAACAGCCUUAGACAACACAAUAAAUGAUCUUCAGAGCCAGGUAGAAGAAUUGGAGCAAAUAACCCCUAAAGAGAAUGUCCAAAUAACUGAUAGUCAUCCCCAGACAUAUGAAAUAAGGAAAGAGAUAGAAGAUGCCAUUUUGGGGAACAAAAUUUUAAUGCACCAUCUUGAUGAGAGGGUAGCACUCUUUCCAGAUGAUCUCCUCUCACAAAUUAAAUGUUGUACGGCUGUAAUCAGUGAUGCUAAAGAAAAAGAGCCAACUUUUAUAAGGCUAGCAGAUGAAGCCCAGCAUGUUGCUUCUCACAUGCCAUCAAAGGAGAAUUCUGCACUUAGCAUCCUUUCACAUGAGUUGCAAACUGGUUACCAAUUCCUUAUUUUGAAAUCGUCUCAGAAGUUACAACAGCUGGAAUCUCAGCUUGGAAAAAGGGAAAAACUUUUUGCAAAUAUAGAGAAAUUUGAAGCACAACUUCAGAAGAUCAUGGCAGCAUCUAGCUUAGAUAUUGAUAAAACAAAUAUAAAGUCUGAAUUUGACCACAUGCAGAAUCUUUUAGAAAAGACUCCCAAGAAGGUCCAGGAGAUGGAAGCCCUUGUAGAUGCAAUCUGCAAAGAUUCAUCUGAAGGAUUAAAUGCUUUUGAGCAACUGUUUUUAAAUGAUUGUUUGAAAAGUCUGAGAAGUAGAGCAAAGAGGGCCCAUAGGGUAAUUCAAAUUAAGGGUCGUUUAGCACAACACAAAAUGGGUGCCUAUCAAAAAUUCUCAGAAGAGAUAAGGGCCUUACAGCAGGAUCUAAGCAAUUUUCAUUUUGAUGAGCUGGAACUAAGUCCAGAUGAGUUACUGUCUAAGAAUCAAGUCAUAAAAGAUAAACUGAAUAUGUUUAAAGAGAGAACUUUAGCCAUCCAGUCACGUUUAUCAUACCUGGACCAAUACCAGGAGUUUUGGAAAUGGCUGGAUCCGAAAUGGGAUACAUCACCACUUGUUGAUCUGAAAAAUCAGUUCUGCAAAGCAAAGGAUAACCUUGACAAGAGAGGUAAAUGUCUGAAGAAUUUAUUUGCAGAAUAUGACAGGCAUCAGAUAGUCCUAAGUGAGAUUGAAGCUAUAGUAUCUAGUAUUCAGAAAGAAUGUGGUGAUUUAAAAGAUCUUACCAGUUCUACUCCUGAAGCCAAUCUGAUAUUGGGGAAAAAAUUGAUGUGGAGAGUUGAACAUGCCAAAUAUAUAACUCAAGAAGCAUUCAAGCUAUUCAAGAAAAAUAAGUCAUUUAGUGUCUCUCUCAAAAAGGCCAACAUGCAGCAAAUAAAGUCCUUAGAUGCAAAAAUAGAUGGGCUGGAACAAAUUACCUGUUCUGCGAUAGUAGCUAAUCAAGAAAUAUGCAAGUACAAACAAGGUUUCCAGAGUAAGCUGGGCCACAGUUUAAGGACUUUAAAGCAAAUUCAAUCUGAGUUCCAGCAGCCUGUCCUACUUGACUUGAAAAUUCAAAUGAUUCCCUAUGAAAUGAUGUAUUGCAAAGUGCUUAAAGGUGCUAUAGAGGCAGAAAUUCAUGCUGCUGAAGAUACAAUAACUAAAGAGAAAUCAUCUACAAAACAAAAAUGCCUCCAUUCUGAGAGUUUAGAUAAAGAAAUAGAGGAAUUCCAAAAUCUGAAAAUACAACUGAAAGCAGACUUUGCUAAAUACACAGAGGCUUUAGAUGAAGCUUUUAAAAUGGUGAAGUUUUACAACAAAGCUGUCGAAAAAUCUGCAGAUCUCCUCAGUCAGUGUGAAGCCUUUCUUUCCAUUCCAUUGCUUGAUUUACCUAAACUAGAAGAAUCUCGUCUUGACUUUGCCAAGAAACAAGAAGAAUCCGAGUCUGCAAAGGCUGAAGUGGAGGCAUUAACCUCUACUCUGAAAAAGUCAAUUAAAUCAAAAGCCAAACUUCAGAUGGAGAAAACACUUGAUGAUCUAACUGCUAAGAAUUUGAUUAUAAAAGAGCAGAGCCAAAAGAGAAAUUCUUACAUACAGAGGUAUAUGGAAAAAUAUCACAGUUUCAAAAACUCCAAAGAGAGGAUAUGUGAUGAGCUUAACAAUGCAGAAAAAAUGCUUUGGAAGUAUUUGUACUAUAUUCCAGUAUCUUACAAAGAUUCUUUAGUACAUUCAGAACAAAGCAAGAUGCUAUUGUCCCAAUUACUUUCAACCAAAGAGGAGCUAAUGAAGUUGAGACGAGACUCACAGUCUCUAAGCUUGAUGUGCAAAGAAAACGAUGGAGGGUUGAUUGCACCCAUUGUAUCAAUGCUGUGGCUGAAAUGGCUCUGUUUGUUCAAUAUCACAAAAGAAUGGGAAGGCAAAUGUGAAGAACAGAACCAAGAAUGGAAAUCUGUCAGUGAAGAACUGGAACGAGAAACAAUUAUUCUAGACAGUCUUCAAGAAGAGCUGCCUGAGAGCCUCCAAGACAAACAGCAAGCAACCAAAGAAGAACUGGAAGAACUUCUGGAAUCCGCAAGCAAUUAUAUAGAAAAUUUGGAUACUGAGAAAUUAUUGCUACGCUUAAUACUUUGCCGAUUAAGGUACAUUUUGAGUGUCCCUGGGAGUUCGCCUGGAAAGGAAAGCCUUCCUAUUGUCUGUGAAAUUCAAAACAUGCAGCAACGAACAGAAGAGCUCUGUCAAAAGGCUCAAACAGAAAAAGAGGCCACGCAAUUCGAGAUGGUAUCCCGGACUGAGUGCAAUGAAGAACUGAAAGCUAUGAAGACUUCAUUACAGGGCAUCAUAUCCCAACUCUGUGGCAUAGAUUUGGAAACCCCUACCGAAAAGGCAUUGAAACUUGAGGAGAUUCAGAGAGUAGUUGAUAGCAAGAAGCAGAUCAUGGACAACCUACAAACCAAGUUCACUGAAAUAUAUAGAACAGUCCCAGUUGGUAUUGAAGAGCAUUUGGAAGACUGCAAGGAAAUGUUACAUGACCUGGAAGAAAAGGUCAGCACAGAAUUUCUGAAAAAUUCUCCUCACUACAAUACAGAGAAAAAAAUAGAAGACAUUAACAAAGGUUUGCAAGCCAUUGAAAAUAUGUUACAUCAAAAGAGUGAGAACAUUGCAAAAGCAAAAGAAGUUCAGAAGAGAAUCUGGGAUUUGAUAGAUCUUUGGCAUUAUAAAAUGAAUGAACUGGAUUCAGAGGUUCAAGAUAUAGUGGAGCAAAAUCCCCACCAGGCUCAAGAAUUGCUAGAUCGAUUGAUGAUACCCCUGCAACGAUACCAACACGUUUCACAGCAUGCUGAGCGUAGAACUACAAACUUGAACAGGGCUGCUAGCAAGUUGGAAGAAUGUGAUGAGCUCCUGAAAAGCAUUAAGGUUUGGCUUGAAAACACCAGCCGCCUCUUAACAGAGGAAGUGAAAAGUGAUUCUGCAAAAGCUUUGAAUAAACAUGCCAGUGCGCUUGAGAUGGCAUUAGAAGAUUCACAACAAAAGCAAAGUAUUCUUAGUGCCAUUUCCCCAGAACUGAAAGAAUUGUCCCCUUUAAUUGAAACUGACAGUAUGGUGCAGGAAUUGACAGAAGUAAAUGAGCAAGUUAAAGCCUUACAGCAAAAGAUAAUGGAAAUUCUUCCAUGUAUUCAGCAUUUGGCUGAUGAUGUUGAAGCUAUUGAAUCUGAAGUGAAAACAAUGGAGAAGGACAUAGAAAAAAUAAAGACAAUAUUGUCCCCCUCUGAAGACACAUUUGAUCUUUCUCCUAAGGAGCAUCUUAAACAUUGUAAGGUUAUAUUGACCCACAUCUGCCCCAUGAAGAAGGCUGUGGUUGAAAUGCAAUCCUAUAAAGCAAAAUUGAGAUUGACUGACAUGAGAAUGCAACCUCUUUCAGUAUUCCAAAGAACUAAACAGCUUUUGAAAGAGCUGAAGGUUCUAGAAAGACUCACAGAGAAACAGAACACUCUACUUGAGCCAAUUGUAAAAGAAAUAGAAGAAUUCGAGCAGCGAAUUGACUUCCUAAAGCAAAGCCAAUUCCCAAAGACUAAUUUAGAUGAAUUGCCCUCAGAAAAUCUGUGGCCGGUUCAAGACCACACCUUCCUCAAGGAUGAGGAGGUGGAAAAAGUAAAGCAACAGAUUGCCCUAUUAUGCCAACAGAAAGAAGAUAUUCUAUCAGCUAUGAAGAAUGCCUUGGUGGAACUUCAUCAGAAUCAAGAACCGCCAGAAACUGAGGACAGUGACUUAGAAUCACCAGAGGAAAAUGGAAAUGCUGUUGAGUUGCAGCCCAAAAAGCGAGGCUCCCUGGCUUUUUUACCUUCCUUGGUUGAGGAAGCAGAAGACAAUUCAUUCCACAAUGAAGAGGUGGAUACUGAUACCACAAAGGUCAUGUCCAGUGAAGACUCUCUUGACAUUCCAACCAAGGGCAAAUCUUCCACCCAACUCACCAACCCUCCCGAGUGCUUAUGGAGAUCACUGAGCAACACAAAGGCAAACAAGGACACGGUUAACGAGCCGGCUCAGGUCCUCCAUGUGUGCCAGGCUCAGAUUGCUGAGCUGGAGCUGUGGCUCGAUCAAGUUAAAGAGUCUCUAGGAUCGGAGGCCCAGAUCUGUCAAAUGCAGCAGUUGGUGGACCAGCAUCUUGCUGCGUGCCAGGUGAUGUUAACAGAAAUUGAACAGAAAGUCAUGUGGUUAUUGGAGGAGUGCAAAGGCACAGCCACUACCAAUAGCUCAGGCCUUGAACAAGAAACAGAGAACCUUUCCUUGAACCUUAAAAAUGUGAAGUGCAAGUUGGAAAAAGUCCAGCGCAUGCUCCAAGAGAAAUACACAGAAGAACAGAUGAGCACUAAUGAAGAGACCUCUGUCAACUUCCCACAGCCACUUCAUUUGGAUUCCUCUAGUUCAUUUCCAAAUGAGACCUCAGAGAGACCUCUGUUUAUUAGACCAAAUGGUUUUCAGUAUAAACAGGAACUGCUGUUAAAGCUGUCUGAGCAAGACAAUCUCAUUGACUUCCUAGAAGUAUACAUGGAGAAAACUCAGCCUCAACCUAAGCUCAACAGAGUUCUGGGACUACAAACAAGCAAUGAGGCAGUCAGUUCAGGAAAUGAGCCUCUUAGAUUGACUCCAAAGGACCAAACAGGUGAUAAAUGGCAAUAUUUACAAGAAGAACUGCUACUCAAGAAGAAUGCUCCUCACUGUCAAUUGGAUGAACUUCAGAUCUCUACCAAAAUAAAUAUUCUGCCCCUGGGUGCUACAUCGAGUGUGAGAACUCCAACCAUUGAGGAGCUAAAAACAUACACAGCACAGCUUGACAAUCUAAGCCAGGAAGCUUCUAUUCAGGUACAGGAAAAUGAAACAGGAGAAAAUCCAUUAAGUCUGGAUGGGAAACUCUUUGAGUUGUUUCUGGCAAUCAGCCGCUGCCUGAACAACAUGGAACAGAUGUUGGGCACCUGUGUACUGUCCAGUGAAGAAGCUCCUGUACAGCAAGUGCUUUAUGAGACACUCUCUGCAGAACUACAGAAACUUCAUACAGAUAUUGGAGAUAAGAAGGACGAUCUUCUGAAAUCCAUCACCUCUGCUGGUGGAAAUUCUGAGAGAUUCUCCCAGUGUUUUAGCAACUUGCAGGCAUGGCUCCAAUUGACACAAACAACUGCUGCUUCUAGAAGCGAGUCUAUGAAAACUGAAAUGGACCAUUACAUCAAUUAUCAGAAUGAAAUCAGGCACUUGUAUGAUGCAUUGAUUGAGAAAAAAUCCUCUUUGCAACAGUUUUUCAGUGAAAUGAGUGGGCAUAAUAUUUCUAAGCAAUUCCAGCAGAUGGAUGUCUUUGAAUCGGAACUGCAAAAUUUUGAGACACAGGCAGUUAAACUAAGAGAUCGUGGAGAAAGAGUUCAUUGGCCAGUUGCUGUAACCCACGACGUGUAUAAACUAGAGGAGGUGCUGGAUGACCUCUGGGAAUUCCUAAGAGUCAAACAGAAGGAACUAAAUUCUUCAUUCAUUAAGGAACAACAGUGUGAAUUUUUGUUACAAGGAUUUGCAGAGCUUAUAGAUCUUGGGAAAAAGAAACUUGUUCAUCUUUCAAAGCUGAAAAUUACCAGUCGAUCUGAUUUAGAUUUACACUUGCAAAACCAUAAGAGCUUCUUCUGUAAACUGAACGACCAUAUGCUUCUUGUACAAAAAGUGGCAGCUUCAAUAUUACAAAACAGGGAGAAAUACUGGAAGGAUAUGGUAGAGAAGAUCAAAUCAUUAGAAGAAGAAGCUAUUCAACAAGGAACCCAUUUGGAAAAGGUUUUACAGGACUGGAUGGCAUUUGAUGAGAACUACGUUUCAUUCUGCCAAAAGCUGGAAGCACUUUCACCCACAAUGCCUUUUGUGGCUUUAGUGGAAGAGACAGAAGAAAGAAUAAUGGAAAGGACUCAUCUCCUCCAGGAAAUCCAAAAGAACAUUGAAGGGGAACAGGCUAGAUAUUAUCAAAUAGUGAAAGAAGGGAAAAAUUUGACAGAACUUCUGAGAUGCCCAGAAUUGCAAUCCAAGAUUGAGAAGCUGGAACAUCAGUGGGCAUCUUUUUCCCAAAGAGUUGGCCAUGAACUACAAAGACUUGAGACAUUGCACAAACUCUUGUCCAGUUACAACAAAGAUACAAAGGAGCUCAAUGUCUGGUUGGAAUCUGCUCAGCAAAAUGUGAACUAUUGGAAGGAGCAGUCUCUCAAUGCAUCUCAAGACCAGAAUACUGUCAGGAACCAUAUUCAGAGUUUGCUUGAAUUCUCUAAAGAAGUUGAUAAUAAAUCUUCCUUGAAAUCUUCUGUCAUAAGUACCGGAAAUCAGCUGUUGCUUACUAAGGAAUCUGAUGAUGCAAAAUUGCGCUCAGCUUUGGCAGAGUAUGAGCAGAGAUGGACCAACCUGGUUGUUCAAUUACCAGGUAUCCAAGAGAAGUUUCACCAGCUCCAGAUGGCAAAAUUGUCAUCUUAUGAAGCCAUCACAGAACUGAAUGCCUGGAUGAAUUGCAUUGAUCAGCAAAGAAGAGAUGAGGUUGUAAUUAAUUUGCAAAGUUCUGCCAGCUUGAAAGGACUUCUUAGGAGGUACAAGGAGUAUGUGAUGGAAAUGAACUUUAAACAAUGGAUAGUUGAUUAUGUGAACCAGUCACUACUACAGUUGACACCUUGUGAUGUUGAAAGCAAGCGUUACGAGAGGACGUCAUUUGCAGAAUGUCUUGGGGAAUUGAAUAUGAAUUGGCACCAUUUGCAAGGGACUCUGAAUGAAAAGAUAAAGGAGUUGGAGCACGUUUUGGAAUCUGUUGUUAAAAAUGAAAACAAAGCACAGUCUUUGGGCAGCUGGCUAGAAGCACAAAGCAGAAGGCUAAAACACUUGAAGAGCCCAGCAAGUUCUAUUCUUGCACAGGGCACGUUAAAAGACUGCAAGGUGUUAGAAAAUCAGCUUGCUGUGAAGUCUAAGGAAGUGGAUCAACUGAAAAACAAUCUCACAGCUUUAAAGGAUUGUGCUGAUGCUGCCAAGAAAAUAGAGUUCGCCAAUUUGGCUGAAAUGAGAAGUAGCAUUAUCAAUCAGGUUGCACAGCUUAAGUCUUCUACCGAGUCUGCUUUAGAGUGCUGGAAGACUUACGAUGAAGCUUGGGAUGAAAUCAGGCUGAUGCUUGCAAAUGCUGCGUAUUGCCUGGAGCAUAGCAAGAAUCCUUUCAUUACAAUGAAGUCACUGAAAAAGCAAGUGGAAGAUCUCCAGUCCCUUCAAGAUAAAGCUGAGGGAAACAAAGAAAUCUGGGCUAGGCUCCAGACUGCUGCUGAUAACUUGAAGAAAGUGUGUGAUCCCUCAUUCUCAGAGAUUAUUGAACAAAAACACGAGGAGGCACGCACAAGGUGGAUAUUGACAAACCAAAAUAUUGAAGAGACACUACAAAAAGCUCAUGCGCAUUUGAACUUGUGGGGAUUCUAUACAGAGGUUUCAGCAAAACUAGACAAAUGUGAAGAACAGUAUGAUUCCCAGUUGAUGCCUGAUACAGUCUCAAGCUGCACAAUGGAUAUUCUUAAGGAGAAGGCAGAGAAUAUAAAAAGACUGCAACAUGACCUUCAAGACAUCAAAGAAUAUUAUCUUCAGGCUUCUGAAUCAGGCGAUAGUAUAACUCUGUUAGCUGAACCAGAAACACAGAACCUUCUUCAGGAGAAACUCCAGCUACUUCAAAGGAUCUCCUAUCUGGAAAAGAUGCUACAGAUGAAAGCAGAUGUUUAUCAAUAUGGUCUUUUACAAAUGGAGAAUUUUGGGAAUUCCUUGAAAAAACUGGAAAAUCAUGUUAAAAAUUCCACAGAAAUACUGGACAAUUCAUGUGAAAGCAAUAAAAAUUUGGAGCUACUCAUGAGCCAGUUAUUGAGUCUUACAUCUUUGUCUCCUGAAAUGGAGAGCUUGAAUGAAGUCAGCUUUAGAUUGCCACUCUGUGACUUCACUGUAAAGAGAUUACAAAACCUUAAUCGGCAGUGGACUCAGAAAACCGCUCUAGUUCUGGAGCAGUGCAGUGAACUGCAGAAGGAUCAAUCAGAUGACAAGAAUUUUCUUCAGCAAUGUCAGAAUUGGGUGCAGUUUCUAGAGAGAAUGAAAGAGAGUCUGAAAGAGAACAUGCCGGCUACACUUGAGAAGCUGCAAGAACAGCAGAAAGAAUAUGAGAGAUUACAAACAGAGAUUUCCAUUAACCAGCAAAUUUUCAGUUGCCUUGUGUCAAAAGCUCUGAAUAUGUUGGAAUCAGAAGAAGCAGAAAACAGAACUGAGUUUAUCUCCAGGCUCACUCUGCUGAAGGAGCAGUGGCAGAGUGCAAUGCGGAUGGCCCAUCGGAAGAAGAUUCACAUUGACAGCCUUGUAAAGCAGUGGCAAAAAUUCACAACCUUACUGCAAGAUCUCACAAAAUUCCUCAUGGACACAAGCAGCUACAUAGCUGCUGUGAAGAGCCAGGAGAAAUAUCGCUUGGAUCAAAUUAGGAACCUGAAUCACAAAUUCAAGAAUAAGAAAAUACUUCAAAAGAGGUGGCAAACCAGAUAUUCUUUAAUCUUGGAUACUGGGGAAAAGUUACUUGGCAUGGUAGCCCCUGAAGCAAAGGCUGCCAUGCAGCUGGAGAUGAACAAGUUGCGAGUUAAUUGGGACAACACACAAUUUCAGCUGGAGAAGAUUACCAGGCAAUUUCAGGACACCAUACAGACCUGGGAGAACUGUGAAAGCCAAGUGAAGGAUCUGGGUCAUGUUUUGCUGGAGCUCAAAGGAAGCAUAAACAAACCUCUUCCUAUAGAACAUGAUGCAUUGCCAGAAACCUUGGAACAAGUAAAGGUGCUGGAGAAAUCACUCACCAACUGGAACCAAAAUGCAAAAGAACUUGAUGCAAAAAAGGUGAAACUGGCUCAAUUUAUCCUCCCAGAAGAUGUGAUGGUGUUGAGAGAACAAACUGAACUUUUACACAGCCAGUGGGAAGAACUCUGCCUCAGAGUUUCUCUACACAAGCAAGAUAUCGAGGAACGACUCAAUGCCUGGAUUGUGUUCAAUGAAAAAAAUAAGGAGCUGUGUACUUGGCUGAUGCAGAUGGAAGAAAAAGUCCCUCAGUCAGCAGAUAUCAGUAUUGAAGACAUGAUAGACAAGCUGCAAAAGGAUUACAUGGAGGAAAUCAAUCUAUUUAAUGAAAGUCAACUAGUUCACUUCAAGCAAAUGGGCAAUCAGCUGAUCAAGUCUAGCAACCAAAGUAGAGGGGCUGAAAUUGAAGAGAAACUCAACAAAAUUAAUGACCGCUGGCAACACCUCUUUGAUAUCAUCGGAGGACGAGUGAAGAAGUUGAAAGAUACCUUUGCUUUCAUACAACAGCUGGACAAAAAUAUGAGUCAUCUUCACACAUGGUUGGCACGCAUUGAAUCUGAGCUUUCUAAACCUAUUGUUUAUGACAUCUGUGAUGAUCAAGAAAUACAGAGGAGACUUGCAGAGCAGCAGGACCUGCAAAGGGACAUUGAACAGCACACAGCAGGUGUGGAAUCAGUCUUCAAUAUAUGUGAGAUCUUGCUGCAUGAUUCUGAUGCCUGUGCCAAUGAGACUGAAUGUGAUUCAAUCCAGCAGACAACAAGGAGCUUAGAAAGACGGUGGAGAAACAUCUGUGCCAUGUCUAUAGAGAGGCGGAUGAAGAUUGAGGCAACUUGGCGACUAUGGCAAAAGUUUUUGGAAGAUUACUCUCGUUUUGAAGUUUGGUUGAAAACAGCAGAGAAAACCGCAGCUUAUCCCAACUCUUCAGAGAUUUUGUAUGUAACAGCCAAGGAAGAGUUAAAGAAAUUUGAAGCAUUUCAGCGGCAAAUUCAUGAACGACUAACCCAGCUGGAAUUAAUCAAUAAGCAAUAUCGGCGGUUGGCCCGUGAGAAUCGCACUGAUUCAGCUAACAAGCUCAAGCAGAUGGUUUAUGAGGGUAAUCACCGAUGGGACAAUCUUCAGAAACGUGUCACAGCAAUUCUCAGGAGACUUAAGCACUUUACCAGUCAGUGGGAAGAAUUUAUGGGAACAAAGGACAACAUCAUCCUGGUGUGGUUAACAGAAAUGGAUCUGCAGCUGACAAAUGUGGAACAUUUCUCAAAGAGUGAUUUUGAUGACAAAAUGCGGCAGCUUAAUGGUUUCCAGAGGGAAAUAAUGCUAAACACCAGUAAGAUUGACCAGCUGAUUGCUUCUGGGUUGUAUCUGAUUCAAAAAAGUGAACCAGAGGAUGCCAUUAUACUCGAAGAGGAACUAGAAGAAUUUUAUAGUUACUGCCAGGAAGUGUUUGGCCGAGUAGCUCGAUUCCACCAGAGACUGAUAUCCUGGCAUCCAGGACUGGAAGAUGAAAAAGAGUCUUCAGAAAACGAAGCUGAUUCAGACCACGCAAGGGGGAUGGAAGUUGAUCCUUGGCCAAAGAAGACAGUUCCGGAGGGGCCACCAUCGCAGCAGUCUCUCUGCCACCUCAUACCUACUGCAGGGGGUCCUGAGAGGUCUGGCUGUGAGACCCCUGUCAGCGUUGAUUCCAUUCCACUGGAGUGGGACCACACCGGAGAUGUGGGAGGAUCUUCCUCCCCUGAGGAUGAGGAAGAGGAUUCGUUCUUCAGCGCACUCUCAGAUGUAGAAAUCACUGAACAUCCUGAGGCAUAUCUUAAAAUGACCACAAAAGCUUUGAAAGCAGCUUCUGGGAAAUCUGCUGAAACUCACAUAUGGCAUCCUUCAGAACACCCAGUUUGUCGAAAGCAUUCGUACAACCAGGAAGAGACGGUUAGAAGUGUCUUAUCAAACAAUGAGGAUUCCAGCACAUCCUACAAACCAGGCAACGUGAUACCACUGAGCACUAGGAGUGUGGAUGACAUAAAAGACAUUUCUAGGAUCUUGCCUAGUAAAGAUUCUCAAAAUAGCCAGAACUUCAUUAGUGUCUCAGGCAUAGAGAAACAGCCAGGGACUAUUGAAAGAUGGGAACUCCUUCAAGUUCAAGACCUAAGCAACAAGCUGAGAAUGAAGCAAACGUGGCAGCAGUGGCAACAGCUGAAUGCUGACCUUACCAACAUUGAUAUUUGGCUUGAUAAAAUGGAAGAGGAAAUGGAGGGGUUGCAGGAGGAAGAACCACAACCAGUGAACAGUAUUCAGGCCAUAGACCAGAAAGUCAAGAAACUGAAGGAUAUGCUUAAAGCCUAUAAUAACUACAAGGCCCUUGUACUGUCUGUUAACCUGACAAGCAAAGAUUUCAAGCAAACAGAUAGCACUGGAUACAAGGAGCUUCAGAACAGACUUCGUCGGGUAAAUUUACGGUGGGAAAAGGCAAAUAUUUUACUGGAAAACUGGAAGAAGAAUUUACAGAAAGCUCUGAUUCAUUGCCAGGAUUUUCAUGAACAGAAUCAGAAACUGCUGCUGUGGCUGGCUGCUGCAGAGACACGGAGACACCAAGCACAAGUUAAGGAGCCAACUGCUGAUCCUCACAGAAUACAGGAAAGUCGAAAGGAAUUAAUGCAACUGGAAAAAGAGCUUCUGGAACGGCAGCUCCAAGUAAAUAAUCUACAGGAAAUUGCUGAAUAUUUGCUUGUCAAACCUGACGGAGAAAAAUAUAUUGAAGCUAAUGAGAAGGUCCAUGUUAUUGGGAAGAAGCUUAAACAGCUUCUUGAAGGAGUUUCAUGUGACUUAAAGGCCUCACAAGGAAGACAGGAUGUAAGUACAUUUCAGGUGAAUGGGGAAGAAUUGGAUUCUGGAAGCUAUCAUCAAUUACCAGAGAAAUCUCCCAUUUCUAAAAAUAAGGUUGAUGAAAAGAAGAUCCUGCAGAGUAAUACCAGCAGCAAUGUUAGGAUGGGGGAGAAGGAAGAGACCAAUUCAUUUGCACCCAAGAAGCAUGCUUUCUUCUGUCGUGUCCUUCGAGCAGCAUUACCUUUACAAUUGUUCCUCCUUCUCUUGUUGCUUUUGGCCUCCUUGAUCCCCGUCUCAGAAGAAGACUACAGCUGUACUCAAACCAACAACUUUGCUCGUUCUUUCUACCCGAUGCUACGAUAUAUUAAUGGACCUCCACCAAUUUAAAGACAUUCAAUUUUUUAGUUAAUAUUUUCUAUGGAGUCCUCUUUUUAUGCUGCUAGAGUUUGUCCAGAAUUUCAGUUCCUUAGUAACUUCAACCAGGGCUUAGGAGGCACUGAUGAGUAACACUGACAAUAUUAUGUGGAGAUCUCUAUUGCACUCAACAGGAACCAAUCUAGGAGGCUUCAGUUCAUCUUCUGAGUACAUGCUAUUGCUUCUCAUCACUGAGAUAGCAAUCUCUUAGCAAUUUCAGUACUUGGAUUGGGUGGGUAAGAGCUGUUAAUUACUUAGAGCUUUGUACAGGAAAGCUGUUUCUAUAUAUUUUCAAACUAUACGCAAUGUACUUUAUAUUUUUUGCACAGUGUGUGAUCAAUCAGUGAUCUUCAUGCCAGAAAGAACUGGUGAACACAGAAUUUACAAGACUGUGUCUUGUUGUCAUUAAAAUAAUUUCUCUAAUCAAAGAUAAAUGCAUAAUCCCCUAGAAGAUCUACUGCAUAAGCCCAAUUAUAACAGGUAGAAGCUAGAGUUGCACAACAGCAUGGCUGCACUAUUCUGUCUUUUCUCUUUGUUUUGGUGAGUCUUGCAGAAAACUUCCUGGUGGAGUGAACCCAUCAUUUUUAAUGUAAAAAAAGAACUCCUUUUUCAGGUGGUACUUUGCAUGCAGGGAGAUCUCUUUCUGAAUUUUGCUAUUUUAGUGGAAAAACAACUUCAAUUUUUAAAAUAUUUGUUAUACUUUAGAAUUUUAGGAAUCUUACCUAUUCAGUUCAUGAAUAUGUAUGUUUCCCAGAUAGAUUUUUAUAGUGCUUAGAUUUGUCUACUUUGAUGUCUCCUUUUGUACGGUUUUUAUAAAAAGAAAUGAAAAUGCUACAUGUAGGUAGCCUUUAUUGUUUAUAGAGGUUUUUUAAAGAAAAAAUAAUUAAUGUUGAUUAUCUCACACACAAACAAAUGGAUUUUGUGGACAUACAGCUUUUUAAUCAAACCCAUUUAUGUUUAAUUUUCUUUGAAUAACAUACAGUAAAUCAGAAAUGAUUUAUGCACGAUGAUUUAAGCAUCAUUCCUGUGGCUAAGACAGCCGUAUACUGUAUAUAUGCACUGAUAAUAUUUGGGCCUUUAUUUUCUUUCUCUCUUGAUUCUAAGAAUUAGCAUAUAACAUUCCUGGACAAUUCUGAUAAUGAAUUACAGGAAAUUGCAGAUCCAAAUCAGUGUCUAGUAGCUCUUUUUCUGACUUACAAAAUAAGCUCAUGGAAGCUUAUUUAUGUUCGCCCCAAAAGGUGUGACCAAGUUUCUGAUUUUUUGACUAUCAUAGAUUAAUGGAGCUCUUCUUCUCUAAUGUCUCCAAUGGGGAAAUUACAGGGAAUUAACAUAAAUAAAAAUAAAAUACAUGCUGGAUCUUGAAAUGGGAGAGAAGGAGGGAGGACUAAAUGGAGAAAGGAGAGGUUUGUCUUAUGGAGACCUACGAUGUGCCUUCCAUACACAGACAACUCCUAUUAGCUUUAACUGAUAUACAACAUCUCUUUUUGCAAAGGCUCCAUAUCAAUGACUACCAAAGGGAUUUAUGAAUUGAGGAGGUAUCAAGAAAGGGCCAUUGUUUUCUUGUCACUGAUUCAGGGCUUCCUGCAAAUCUUUGCUCAGUCUUUUUUGAAAAUAGAACACUGGGUUAGAUGCCUUCCUAACUUCCAAGUAGGAUGCUGCCUCAUCAGUGAGAGUCAUCACAUUUAAAAUGAAGUCGAAUUCAUCGGUUGAAAAAAUGAUUUUAUUUAAAUCAAAAAUACACUGCUUCUGUGUACAAUUCAAUCAUGUUUUCCUUAUUAAAAUUCUGCUGUUUAUAGUAAUUCAGCCUUUAUCUCAAUACUU